AUGGUGUCUGGCUACAUGAUUUCCGUAAUUGAUCACAUCAAGAGCAUGCAUUUGAUUUUCCCGGCGGAUGUCGAGGCGCUCUACCUUGAUCAUCUGCACGAAGUGAAGAGGCAAACCAGCUGGGCAUUCGUAGUUGGUUUCUUCUUCCCGCUGUU